AUGGGGCGCCUGGAGGUUCUGAUUUUUGGCCUCACUUGCUGCUUGGCAGCAGCUUGUGCUGCAAAGCUGGGUUCUGUGUACACAGAAGGUGGUUUCGUGGAGGGUGUCAACAAGAAGCUUAGUCUCUUGGGUGGUGACUCUGUUGACAUCUUCAAAGGCAUCCCCUUUGCCACCGCCAAGACCCUAGAGAAUCCCCAGCGUCACCCGGGCUGGCAAGGGACUCUGAAGGCCAACAGCUUCCAGAAGCGAUGCCUACAGGCCACCCUCACCCAGGACAGCACCUAUGGGCAAGAAGACUGCCUCUACCUCAACAUCUGGGUGCCCCAGGGCAGGAAACAAGUGUCCCAGGACCUGCCUGUGAUGAUCUGGAUCUAUGGAGGCGCCUUUCUUAUGGGAUCUGGCCACGGGGCCAAUUUCCUCUCAAACUACCUGUAUGACGGGGAAGAGAUUGCCACUCGGGGUAACGUCAUCGUGGUCACUUUCAACUACCGUGUGGGACCUUUGGGUUUCCUUAGCACCGGAGACGCCAACCUUCCAGGUAACUUUGGCCUUCGAGAUCAGCACAUGGCUAUCGCCUGGGUGAAGAGGAACAUCGCAGCCUUUGGGGGGGAUCCCGAUAACAUCACCAUCUUUGGGGAGUCUGCCGGAGGUGCCAGUGUCUCUCUGCAGACCCUUUCCCCGUACAACAAGGGCCUCAUCCGGCGAGCCAUCAGUCAGAGUGGCGUGGCACUGAGCCCCUGGGCCAUCCAGGAGAACCCACUUCUCUGGGCCAAAAAGAUUGCUGAGAAGGUGGGAUGCCCCACAGACGACACUAGCAAGUUGGCUGGGUGUCUGAAGGUCACAGAUCCCCGGGCCUUGACACUGGCCUACAGGUUGCCCUUGAAACAGCAGGAGUACCCCAUUUGGUAUUACCUGGGCUUCACCCCUGUUGUCGAUGGAGACUUCAUCCCUGAUGACCCCAUCAAUCUGUAUGCCAAUGCCGCUGACAUUGACUACCUGGCUGGCACUAACGACAUGGACGGCCACCUCUUUGCUACUAUUGACAUGCCAGCCAUCGAUAAGUCCAAACAGGAUAUCACAGAGGAGGACUUCUACAGGCUAGUCAGUGGAAGCACUGUCAGAAAGGGGCUUAAGGGUGCCCAAGCCACCUUUGGCAUCUACACCGAGUCCUGGGCCCAGGACCCAUCCCAGGAGAAUAAGAAGAAGACAGUGGUGGCCUUUGAGACUGACGCCCUCUUCCUGAUCCCCACAGAGAUGGCUCUGGCCCAGCACAGAGCCCAUGCCAAGAGUGCCAAUACCUAUUCUUACCUGUUUUCCCACCCUUCACGGAUGCCCAUCUACCCCAAAUGGAUGGGGGCUGACCAUGCCGAUGACCUCCAGUAUGUCUUUGGAAAACCCUUCGCCACUCCACUGGGCUACCGGGCCCAAGAAAGGAGUGUCUCCAAGGCCAUGAUUGCCUACUGGACCAACUUUGCCAAGAGUGGGGAUCCCAACAUGGGCAACUCACAGGUGCCCACACACUGGUACCCUUAUACCGUGGAGAACGGCAACUACCUGAACAUCACUAAGUCGAUAACUAGCUCGUCCAUGAAGCAGCACCUGAGAGCCAAGUUCCUGCAAUACUGGGCUGUGACGUACGAGGUGCUGCCCACAGUGGCUGAUGAACAGGGGACCCUCCCUCCCCCUGAGGAUGACUCAGAAGCUGUCCCUGUGCCCCCUGUGGAUGAUUCCCAGGCUGCCCCUGUGUCCCCAACAGACGAGGCUCAGAUGCCUGUCGUUAUUGGCUUCUAAUGUCUGGUAAGCCUUGGUCCCAGGGUCUUCCUCUUUUUAGGUUCUCCUUUCUCAAUAAAGUCUUA